AUGGGAAACACAAGUGGAACUUAUGAUUCAUUAAUAGACGAAACAAAAGAACAAUUAAUGCAAAAAACAGGGAUGUCGUCGCACGAUUUGGAAGUGUGGUAUAAAGAAAUAUUAGUGAGCAAAUUAUCCAAAGAUCAAAUGGUCAGUAUUUAUAAAGAUCUAAGUGAUUUAGAUUCAACUCGAAUAGAAAAUUGUAUCGGGACAUUAACAAAUGUCUUUGAUGAAGAUCAUAGCGGCACAAAUAAAUUUUUAUUGUCAGAUAUAAAUGAAUUCAUGCGAGGAUUUAUUUUGACAACAAAGGGAAAUCUUCGUUCAAAAAUCGAUUACACAUUUCGACUCUAUGACAGCAAUGCUGAUGGUGAAAUAAGUGGUGACGAAAUACAUAAAAUGGCAGACGCUAUUCUACGAAUACUUGGAGCUGACGAGAAAGAUGAAGGUUCAAAGGCCAUUAUUAGUCAGUUUUUAAAUCAAUUUACAGGUGGUGAAAAUGGUAUUAUUAAAAAAGAAGACUUUAUUCAAACUGUACUUAGAGAUGACGGUCUAUUAAUGUUAAUUUCACCAUUUUACGGUAGUUAA